AUGUAUUCUUCAAACUCAGGGGUUGUUGAUCUCGAUUCAAAGAACUUUAAGAAGGAAGUUAUCAACUCUGAUGAAAUUUGGCUAGUAGAGUUCUAUGCUCCAUGGUGUGGCCAUUGUCAGGCUCUUAAGCCUGUCUACGAGAAAGUCGCAAAAGCACUUAAGGGUAUUGUUAAAGUAGGUGCUGUUGAUGCAGAUAAAGACAAAUCAGCAGGUGCCUCAUAUGGUGUUCAAGGGUUCCCUACUAUUAAGCUGUUUGGAAAUAAUAAAGCAAAGCCAAUUGACUAUAAUUCAGGAAGAGAUGAAGACUCCAUCAUUAACUUUGUUCUUAAGGAAGUUAAGAAAGCAGUGAAGGAGAGACAGAAUGGAAAAGCUAAUACCUCAAAUUCUAAAUCUAGCAAGAAGUCUGGUGGAAGUAAAGCAAGCAAGGAUGGAGACGUAGUUGUUCUCACAGAUUCUAACUUCGAUCAAACUGUAAUGAAUUCUAAGGAUAUCUGGUUCAUUGAAUUCUAUGCUCCAUGGUGCGGACACUGCCAGAAAUUGGCUCCAGAGUGGGACGAAGCUGCCUCUUCUUUAAGAGGGCAGGUUAAGUUCGGAAAAGUAGAUGCAACUGUAGAGAAAGGACUAGCUAGCAGAUUCCAAAUUCAGGGAUAUCCAACUAUUAAAUACUGGGACUAUGGAAACAAGAAAUCUAAAAGAUCUGGAAAUAAGUAUGAAGGAGGAAGGACUGCAUCUGAUAUCAAGAAUUUUGCUCAAAACCUUCUAGAAAACACGGACAUUGAGCCAGAAGUUCACGAGCUAACCAACCAAUCUAAAUAUGAAGAUGAAUGCACUUCAGGUAUUUGUGUUAUCUCUUUCCUUCCAAAUAUUUACGAGAGUGAUGCAAAGAGCAGAAAUUCUUACAUUGAUGCAAUUAAGAAGACCGCAAAGGCUCAUAUCUCUAAACCAUUUGCUUUCUUCUGGGUUGAAGCUGGAAACAACAUUGAUCUUGAGAAUAACCUCGGACUUGGGUUCGGAUUUCCAGCUGUUAUUGCAGUCUCUUCUAAAAAUGGAAAAUAUGGCAUUAUGAAAGGAUCCUUUAGCGAAAGCGGACUUAAAUCUUUCGCAGAUGGUCUACUUAUCGGCAAGACCUCUCUUGCUCCUCUCCCUCCUAAAUUUGAAUUUAAGAAGAUCAGUCCUUGGGAUGGCAAAGAUGCACCAGCCCUUGAAGAAGAAGACUUUACUGAUGAUUUGUAA